GCUGCCGGGGUAACGGGUCCGGCGGGGACGGCGGCGGCGGCGGCGACGCGGUUAUGGAUCUGGAGGAAGCGAAAGAGUUCAAAGAAAGAUGCACUCAGUGUGCUGCUGUCUCUUGGGGUCUUACUGAUGAAGGCAAAUAUUAUUGCACUUCUUGCCACAACGUUACAGAAAGAUCUAAGGAAGUCAUAAACACUGGGGCUAUUCCUAAUACUAAAAUACAAGCCAUCAACCGGGGACUUAAAAGAAAAAGAAAACUCGAGAAAGGCUGGGAUUGGUAUGUGUGUGAAGGUUUUCAGCAGAUACUUUAUCAACAAGCAGAAGCCUUAAAGACCCUUGGAGUCGGCCCAAAAUUAAAGGAUGAAGUUUUGCAUAACUUUUGGAAGCGCUACCUGCAGAAGAGCAAGCAGGCCUAUUGUAAGAACCCGGUUUAUACUAGGGGAAGGAAAGCUACGGUAUUAGAAGAUAACCCAAGUCAUUCAGACUGGGAUAGUGAGCCUGACCUGCUGAGUGACUUUAGCUGUCCUUCUUUUGUUGAAAGUGGACCAGACUCUCAGCUUGAUAGUCGCACUCAGAAGCCUUUCCCCAUCAGCAAAGCGUCGCAAUCAGAAACAGCAUCCAUCUGUUCUGGAUCUCUUGAUGGAGUCAAAUAUUCGCAACAAAAGGAGAAGGGAAUCGUGAAGAUGACGGUGCCAAGGACACUUGCUUUUUGCUAUCUGUCUUUACUGUGGCAGAGAGAGACAAUUACUCUUUCGGAUCUUUUGAGAUUUGUUGAAGAGGGCCACAUUCCUUAUAUAAAUGCUUUUCAGCAUUUCCCAGAAGAGAUGAAAUUAUAUGGGCGCGACAAAGGAAUUUUUGCUAUAGAGUCUUGGCCUGCCUAUGAGGAUAUCUAUAAAAAAAUGAUUGAAAUCGCCAAAUUCUUAGAUUUGCCACGUUUUCCAGACAUAACUGAAGACUGCUAUCUUCACCCAGAUAUCUUGUGUAUGAAAUACUUGAUGGAAGUCAAUCUCCCUGAUGAAAUGAAUGAUUUAACCUACCAAGUGGUAAAAAUGACUGGGAUAGGAGAAGUGGAUUUUCUGACAUUUGAUCCUAUAGCUAAAAUGGCAAAAACUGUUAAAUACGACAUACAGGCUGUCGCGGUCAUUGUCAUAGUGUUGAAAUUGCUCUUUUUAUUGGAUGACAAUUUAGAAUGGACAUUGUCUAAUAUUGCCGAGAAAUAUAAUGAAAAGAACAAAGAAGAUAAGCCAUGGUUUGAUUUCAGAAAAUGGUACCAAGUUAUGAAGAAAUCUGUUGAUGAGAAAAAACAAAAAUGGGAAGAAGCCAGGGCAAAGUAUGUGUGGAAAAGCGAAAAGCCACUUUACCACUCAUCCAUUGACAGAGCAGUGGUAUAUAAAAGAAGAGAAAUGGUGGUGAGUCUACAAAAACAGUUUAGCGCACUGACUGAUUCAGCACCAACUGUUGAAAAAAAAAGUCCUUCAAGUUUUCAGUUCAACUGGACUGAAGGAGACUCUGCGGGAACCUGUUUCCAUGGCCAUAGCCUCCAGGGGAUCCUGAAGAAGAAAGGCCAGUCACUGACAACCAAGAAUUCACUCUAUUGGCUUAGUACCCAGAAAUUCUGUAGAAGCUAUUGUAAACACGUGACAACCUAUGAAGAAUCAAAUUUUUCGCUGAGCUAUCAGUUCAUAAUAAAUCUCUUCUCCUUCCUGCUGAGAAUAAAGGCUUCUUCUCUCCAUGAAGAAGUGAGCUUAAUUGAAAAGAGACUUUUUAAAAGAAAAUACAGUAAAACACAAAAAAAAUCAAGAUCCAGGAAACGGAGAAAAUAUUGAGAAAAAUGAAUAGGAACUUUCUUGUGAAAAUAUUUUAAUAGUGAUGAUAAUGUCAAACUAUAAUAUUCCAGAGAAUUAUGGGAAAUAGAAUUUUAUUAUAUAUCUACACAUACUUAGAUUCAUAUAUAUGUUUCAAAUCGCUUAUAAAAAUGUGUGUUGGAAAAUAAGUGAAUUGUGUUUGAAUUUAUUUUUUAAAUUAUGAAUAUUCUUUGAGAAGAUUAAAACAAUGUUUCAUAAGUGGUA